AUGGCUGUCUCAUCUGCCAACAUACUGCUUUUUGGCGCCGGCAGUAUCGGCGGCGUCUACCUGUAUCAGCUCCUUCAGGCUGGGUGCAAUGUGACAACCGUCUGCCGGUCCAACUACACCACGGUCAAAGAGCAAGGGUUCAAGCUAUCGUCUGUGCGAUAUGGCAAUGUCGCCUUCAGACCAACCGCCGUCGUGCGCGACAUUUCGGAAUGCAGCAAAGAAUCUUUUGACUUUGUCCUGGUCUGCACCAAGUCAUUCCCCGGCAGCAAACCAUCGCUGCCUGAACAACUCAGACCUGUUCUAGAGGGAAGGCCGCAGACAACUGUUGUUUUAGCACAGAACGGCAUCAUGAUUGAGGAGGAGAUCGCGGCAGCAUUCCCUGAAAAUCCCAUCCUGAGCGGCGUUGUUUACUGUCCCGCGGUGCAGACAGGUCCUGGCACAAUUGAGUAUCCCGAGAUGCUCAACCUCUUCGAACUAGGCACCUAUCCCUCCAACGCGCCCCAGUCGCACAAGGAUUCUGCAAGACGUUUUGCCGAUCUCAUGAUUAAGGGUGGCGGCGGUGCUGAGGUCCACGAUGAUAUCCAGGUAGCCCGCUGGUCCAAGCUACUCAUGAAUGCGGCGUGGAAUCCCAUCGGGGCUCUCACGCUGACCACGGACGGAGACUUUCUCCUAACCUCGGAGCCGUACGCUCAUGAUUUAGCGUGGGGUAUUAUGAUGGAACUUGUCGAGCUGGCCAAGGCAGCGGGUAUCAAGGGCGUGACGGUUGAAGUGGCUGAGAAGAAGUUUUCCAUCGCAAAGAAGAGGGCGGAGGCGGGGACUGGGAGAGAGAUGAGCAUGCUCCAGGACGUUAGGCAGAACAGAGAGUUUGAGGUGGAAGCGAUCUUGGGUAAUGCAGUGAGGCUUGGGAAGCAAAAAGGUGUCCCCAUGCCUCGAUUAGAGACGCUGUAUGCUUUAGCCAAGGCCAGAUGUUGGGCGCUAGUCAAGGAGAGGGCCACAUGA